AUGAUGCUUCGCCGUUCAGUCUGCAAAGUGUCGCGACGGGCUGAGUGGCCUAGUUCAGCCUGUCUAGUUCCCUCGUCAACAGCGCUGACAAUACGACGGACCCUACGAACCUCUACAAUCCGCCUAAACUCCUCCGAAUCAGGAAACAACGAUGUCCCUCCAUCCGACACAACCCCGGCAAAGCCGAAGUUCGGCAGUCGAUGGGCCCCCAAAGCCACAACCCAGAAACCAGCCUUGAGCGCCGCAGAACAAGCCAUGCGAGAUUCAAUGGUCGCCGCAUCUCCGCCACCUCCUCCCACUCCGCAAAGCAGAUGGGCAAAGCCAGGCCCCCAGCGAACAGCCCAGAAAGUACCCGGAUUAAGUGCGGCGGAACAAGCAAUGCGCGACAAAAUCGUCGCGAGCAGUCAACCUCCCCCUCCCCAGGCCCGCCAAUGGGGACAGUCGAACCAGGAGAGAGGACCGGGUCGUGGUGGUUACGGGAAUCAACGGGAAAGACCACCAAUGUCAGGAAGGGCGCGCACACCGAACAGAAAAGAGCUCUACGAGCCAAAUCCCUUCAAGGAUCCACCUCCUUCCAAACACUCGGAUGCUUAUGGAGAUCAAGAGCAGAAUCCUUUCCAGCAGCGUGGCUCUUACCGAGAGCGCAACAAUUAUCGGGAUCGCAAUCCACAAGACCGCAACUCUUUCCAAGACCGCAAUCCAUUCCAAAACCGCAAUUCGUUCCGGCAGAACGAUGUUUUUGAAGAGAAUCCCUUCCUGGCGCCGGAACCAUCUACCCAACCCGAGCCAGAUUUGAGGUCCUUAGGUAGAAAUGGCGCGAAAUCUGUGGGUCACCGCCCAAGAAACGCCGAUGAGUGGAGUUGCCCUUCAUGCAUGGCCCCAGUUCUAUCAUACAAGGUUAAGUGCCCAUUCUGCAAAACAGAACGGCCAGCAGAAUUUGGCCAACGGAAUCAACCAAAUGAAAGCAAACUGCAGGAGUUGGGUAGAUCUGUGCUAUCCGAAUUCGACGAGGACGUGGAUCUCGACCACAGAAACAACCGCGGAGGCGCCAGAAACGCCAAUGCCACCGAGGCAGAUGACACCCCUCAAAAGCCAACUGUACCCUGGGAUAUCUCCGCACUGGAUAAGCUUGAAAGUCUAGACUUUGAAGCCACGGAACAAACGCAGCCGGGGAAAAAGUCGAAACGUGCUGAUGGACGCAAGGGACGCGAAUCCGACUUUGAAAAGGGCGACUUUGACGCGGAGGCGCGAGAUCGUCUCCGUAACGAACGCAAGCAACAGCAGAAAGCCAAGGCAGCGCGAAAGGCUUCGAAAAAGGCAGAACCCGCCCCUCUCUAUCUCCCUGAGUUCAUCAGUGUCAGCAACUUGGCUGAUGUGAUUGGUGUCAAGCCAGCGCAGUUUGUGAGCCGUAUGGAGGAGAUGGGCUUUGAGGAGAUUACAUACAAAGACAUUCUGGAUGCAGAGACUGCCGGGCUGGUCGCAGCUGAGUAUAAUUAUGAAGCUAUCUUUGAUGAUGGCGGAAAUGACCUGGAAGCUGCUCCCGUACCGGAGGAUACCUCCAAUCUACCUUCACGGCCUCCCGUGGUGACUAUCAUGGGUCAUGUUGAUCAUGGAAAAACUACCAUUUUGGACUGGCUGCGCAAGUCCUCUGUGGCGGCCUCUGAGCAUGGUGGUAUCACCCAGCACAUUGGUGCAUUCUCUGUGAAUAUGCCUGGGGGCAAGGCCAUCACUUUCUUGGAUACCCCUGGUCACUCUGCCUUUUUGGAAAUGCGCCGCCGAGGUGCGGAUGUGACUGAUAUUGUGGUGCUAGUUGUGGCUGCGGAUGACAGUGUCAAGCCGCAGACGAUUGAAGCUAUCAAGCAUGCCAACUCAGCCAAUGUCCCUGUCAUUGUCGCUAUCAGCAAGAUCGACAAAGAAGGCAAGAACCCCGACAAAGUCAAGAGUGAUCUGUCCGCCCAUGGUGUUCAUGUUGAAGACUUUGGCGGUGACGUGCAAGCGAUCGGAGUGAGUGGCAAGACCGGAGUCGGAAUGCUGGAGUUGGAAGAUGCCAUCAUUGCGCUCUCUGAGAUGCUUGAUCACCGCGCAGACACCACCUGCAAUGUGGAGGGCUGGGUCAUCGAGGCUUCCACAAAGAGCUACGGUCGUGUGGCAUCUGCUCUGAUCAGACGUGGAACCCUUCGACCAGGUGAUAUCAUUGUCGCCGGUACGGCGUGGGCUCGUGUCCGCACGCUCCGCAACGAAGCUGGUGUAGCCAUCGAUGAAGCCACACCUGGAAUGCCCGUCGAGAUUGAUGGCUGGAGAGAACAGCCAGGUGCUGGCACUGAGAUUCUCCAGGCACCAACCGAACAGAAAGCCAAGGAUGUGAUUGAGUACCGGAUGGAGAGAUCUGAUACCCAGAAGAUGGGAAUUGAUAUGGCUGCUAUCAACGAUGCCCGUCGUGAGAUUGCCGAAAAGCGCAGACUGGAGAAUGAAAGCGAAGAAGAGGAGGCUGCUCGCAAGCGCGAAGAGCCCACGGGGCCCAAGGCAGUUAACUUCAUCCUCAAGGCCGACGUGGGUGGAUCUGCCGAGGCUGUCAUGAACUCAGUCGCCGCAGUUGGAAACAACGAGGUGUACGCCAACGUUCUUCGUUCAGGCGUUGGACCCAUCAGUGAAUUCGACAUUGAACACGCUGCCACCGCCAAGGGCCGAAUUAUCUCAUUCAACCAACCUAUCGAUCCUCAAAUGAUGCGCAUGGCCGAGACUGAGGGAGUCGAAAUCAUGGACCACAAUAUCAUCUACAAACUGACAGAUGAUGUGAAACGGGUUCUGAGCGACCUCUUGCCCCCAACUGUCACCACUCGCGUCACCGGAGAAGCCGAGAUCCGUGAGAUCUUCGAAAUCACCGUCAAAGGACGCGAGAAGGUGUCUAUUGCGGGAUCCCGUGUGCGCAACGGUAUGAUCAACAAAGCCCGUAAGGUCCGGGUGCUUCGUGGGGAGGAAACAUUAUACGAUGGUACUAUCACCUCCCUCAAAAACGUCAAGAAGGACGUUACCGAAAUGCGUAAAGACACGGAGUGCGGUAUCGGAUUCGAAGACUGGGCCGACUUUGCUGUUGGUGACCGCAUCCAGUGCUACGACGAGAUCUUCGAGAAGCGAUAUCUGUGA